GCGCAUAUAACCCUCACAUGACCACCGACGCCCCGUCUGGCUGCUUCUUCACCUGGCUGACACACGCCGUUCAGAGCGAAACAAUAUUCCACGCGCCAGAUGCCCUUCAGUGCCCGCAACUCAACGCGUCCUACGAACCCUCGUUCCACAGAUAUGCCGGGCCCGUCCAGCCGUCCUUCCCGAACGCCGAUUUUCAUGGCCAGUAAUGCAUCUGGCGCCGGAAUCAAACAAAACGCUUUCAUACAAACGUGCAAAACC